AUGGCUCCUUCGGCCGUCACCCCUGAGCCGCGGAACUCGUCGACCGAUCCCGCGGCCCAGGUCCAAGCCGUCCCCGAUGGCACUCGAGAUCCCUCGUCGCCGGCCGGCAACUUCACAGGCUACGACCACGUCACCUGGUGGGUGGGUAACGCGAAGCAGGCGGCCGCCUACUACGUCCAGCUCUUCGGCUUCAAGGCCGUCGCCUACCGCGGGCUCGAGACCGGCAGCCGGUACUUUGCCUCGUACGUCGUCGCCAACAACGGCGUCCGCUUCGUCUUCACCUCGCCGCUGCGCUCCGCCGUCCACCUCCCCGCCGAGGAAGCCAUCACGCCGGCGGAGAAGAAGCUCCUCGUCGAGAUGCACGCCCACCUCGAGAGGCACGGCGACGCCGUCAAGGAUGUCGCCUUCGAGGUCGACAACGUCGAGGGCGUCUACCGCAAGGCCGUCAAGGAGGGCGCCGUCGCCGUCCAGGACCCCCAGGUCCUCGUCGACCCCGAGCACGGCUCCGUCGUGACGGCCGUCAUCAACACCUACGGCGACACCACCCACACCCUCAUCAGCCGCCUCGACUACUCCGGUCCCUUCCUCCCCGGCUUCCGCGAUGCUAAGAAGUCGUCGUCGUCCGUCACCCUCCCCGACGUCCGCCUCGCCCGCAUCGACCACUGCGUCGGGAACCAGGACUGGAACGAGAUGGUCUCGGCCUGCGCCUUUUACGAGCAGUGCCUCUCCUUCCACCGCUUCUGGUCCGUCGACGACUCCCAGAUCUGCACCGAGUUCUCCGCCCUGAGCUCCAUCGUCAUGGCCUCGCCCAACAACCUCGUCAAGAUGCCCAUCAACGAGCCGGCCGCGGGCAAGAAGAAGUCGCAGAUCGAGGAGUACGUCAUUUUCAACGCCGGCGCCGGCGUCCAGCACAUCGCCCUGCUCACCCACAACAUCAUCGAGGCCGUCACCGCCUUGCGGGCGCGCGGCGUCGAGUUCAUCAACGUCCCGACCACCUACUACGACACCAUGCGCCAGCGGCUCAAGACGGAGAAGCGCAACUGGGAGCUGCAGGAGGAUCUCGACACCAUCGAGCGCCUCAACAUCCUCAUCGACUACGACGAGGCCGGCUACCUGCUCCAGCUCUUCACCAAACCCCUCAUGGACCGCCCCACCGUCUUCGUCGAGAUCAUUCAGCGCAACGACUUUGAAGGUUUCGGCGCCGGCAACUUCAAGAGCCUGUUCGAGGCCAUCGAGCGCGAGCAGGCCGAGAGGGGGAACCUGUAG